CCCAAAAACCCUCACUCUGAUCUCUUCUGGAUGCCAAUAAUCCCAUUUUCUGUUCCCCUCUCCCCGACUUGUUCUUUUCACUCUUCUUUUUUUCCGUGCAAUCUUUAAAAAAAAAAACACAUAAUAAUAUUAUUGAAAGAUUAUAAUUCCCUCAUAUAUCCACCCACCCACCCCCUCUUCCUCCUCCAUGCCACUGCCCAUAUUUCUCUCUAGCAUUUCUUCAAAAAAAAAAAAAAAUUCUCUCUAGCUUUCUCAUUAUAUUGUCUAACUCUCUCAAUCAGCCCUUCCCAAUUCCCAUUCCAUAUUUCUUCUGUUUUCCUUCUUUCUUGACUGCUAUAUACCUACCUGGCCUGCUAUAUAUCUGUAGCUCCUACUUCACAUGGAGAAUUAUCUGUAAAAUGCAAAACCAUGGCGGCUAUAUCUUCAUCACUUUCUCCUUUACUCUUCUUUUUCAUAGCCCUAUUUAUUCCUCUUUUUCUUCAUCUUCUUCCCCCUUCCUACUGCCUAGACACCCACUAUCCCCUACACUCAACUCAGGAUUUGGUGGUUGAAGAGAAAACAAGAUUGGGUUCAACGCCGCCGAGUUGUCACAGCAAGUGUAACCAGUGCCACCCCUGCAUGGCGGUGCAGGUCCCCACCCUGCCCAGCCACUCCGGCGGCGGUGGAGCCCGAGCCAAGCCCCUUGACUACUUUGACCUGCCCGGCUCCAACAGGGGGGCAAUCUUCCUCCAACGGAGAGAAUUAAUCGUAGCAGCUAAGGAGAUACAGAGGGGUUCGACAGUGGAGUGACGGAAUUUUUUGAUCGAUUACUUUUGUGAGUAUAAAAUAACAACGAGUUUUCAAGCUUAUCUUU